ACUGGAACACAACAGUGCCGUUGUUCCUGUCACUCAGCCGCGAAGACAAACACGCAGGACUGUUCGUUUGUAGCCUGCAUUCAUGUUCUUGCCUUUCACCGCCAUCGGGAUAUUUCCAAUACCGCAGAGUUAAACUUCUGAAAUAACAGGAUUUGAAAUCAGAUCUAUGGUGUGAAAGUACGCAAUGAAUUAUCUAAGUCUACUCUCGCAACUUCUGCCACUUAUUAGUAUUCUAACAGGUUCUGCCUGGUGUUCCGAGGACGAAACCCGCCUGGUCAAAACCCUCUUCAAAGGCUACAACAAGGUGGUACGGCCUGUCAAUGACUUCAAGGAUCCGGUUGAGGUUACCGUGGGCCUUCAGCUCAUCCAGCUCAUCAAUGUGGAUGAAGUCAAUCAGAUCGUGACCAGCAAUGUGCGGCUGAAACAGACGUGGAAAGAUGUGAACUUGCACUGGAACCCAUCUGAUUAUGGUGGAAUUAGAAAGAUCAGAGUCCCAUCCACUGACAUCUGGCGUCCUGACUUUGUUCUCUAUAACAAUGCUGAUGGUGACUUUGCCAUUGUGCACGAGACCAAGGUGCUACUGGAGUACACGGGCAUGAUCACCUGGACGCCACCCGCCAUCUUUAAGAGCUACUGUGAGAUCAUCGUUCUGCACUUCCCCUUCGACCUGCAGAACUGCAGCAUGAAGCUUGGCACCUGGACCUAUGACGGAAACCUGGUGGUGAUCAAUCCGGACAGUGACCGUCCUGACCUGAGCAACUUCAUGGAGAGUGGCGAGUGGGUAAUGAAGGACUUUCGCAGCUGGAAGCACUGGGUGUUCUACGCUUGCUGCCCGGAAACACCCUACCUGGACAUCACCUACCACUUCCUCAUGCAACGGCUGCCACUGUACUUCAUUGUCAACGUCAUCAUCCCCUGUAUGCUCUUCUCCUUCCUCACUGGCCUGGUCUUCUACCUGCCCACUGACUCAGGUGAAAAGAUGACUCUCAGCAUCUCUGUGCUGCUGUCCCUGACUGUGUUCCUGCUGGUCAUCGUGGAGCUCAUCCCAUCCACCUCCAGCGCUGUGCCGCUCAUCGGGAAGUACAUGCUCUUCACCAUGGUCUUCGUCAUAGCCUCCAUCAUCAUCACAGUCAUUGUCAUCAAUACCCACCACCGCUCCCCCAGCACCCACACCAUGCCACAGUGGGUCCGUAAGGUUUUCAUCGACACCAUUCCCAACAUCAUGUUCUUCUCCACCAUGAAGAGGCCUUCAAAGGAGAAGCAAGCAAAGCUUGUUUUUGGAGCCGACUUCGACAUCUCGGACAUCUCUGGCAAGCCGACUCCAGAAGCUGUCGUCUUCCAGUCCCCCAUAACCAAGAACGCUGACGUCCGCAGAGCCAUCGAGGGGGUCAAUUACAUUGCCGAAACCAUGAAGUCUGAUGAGGAAUCCAAUAACGCAGCUGAGGAGUGGAAGUUUGUUGCCAUGGUACUGGAUCACAUUCUCCUGUGUGUAUUCAUGGCUGUGUGCAUUAUCGGCACUGUGAGUGUAUUUGCUGGUCGCCUCAUUGAGCUCAGUAUCCAAGGAUAGAAGCCCUGAGACCCACAGUUCCCUGGUGAUUACAGUUCAACUGUCCUACAGGAGGUUACAGUUCUACACCCACACCCACCCAGGUUACAGUUGCACACCCACACUCGCCCAGGGUACAGUUCCUGACUCACUCAUUUUCAGUUAAUUUUCAGUCUUUACAACCAGUUUGCCCUGUAUUUCUUGCACACAAUUUAACUACAACAAAAAAAAUUAUGGAGAUGAUUGUAUACUUGCCUGAUUGCCUGAUCAUUUAAGAAAUUUUGAAUUUUGAAUACUAGUUUUUAUCACAUUCAGAAAAUCUAAUGAGGAACUUUGAGACACAAAUCCUUGGAAUCUUGAAUGAGAAAUUACCUUAAUUUCACUUGGGUUUCAAUGCAGACAUUUCCAGUGAGGUAGAGUUUUGGAGGUUUGCAGGUUUAGAUUUGCUUGCCUUGUUCUGUUUUGCUCCGGUGUUGUUAUAGCACCCAGUCUUCUUUGCAUUUAAAACUGGGGAACAAAUCAGCUGGUUACUCUUAAAAUAUUGAGGUAUUCGGACCUUUUUAAAUACUGUAAUUAUAAAAAAGAACAAUUAGAAGUUUAUUUAGGUGUUACCUUUCAUACAUGGUUUUCAAAGUUCUUUACAGAUUUUUAAAAGUAAAAAUGAAAUUAGUAAUGAAAUAAAAGAAGCUGGUGUUUGAAUACACUAAAGAUAAAAGUAAUUAAAAUGAAAACUAGUGAUCAAAGUUCACUUAUUUAUUCAGUUACCCUUUGCUUUUCUGAAUGAAUGAUUAUAUUUACUGUGAUUCUAUAGGUUCAUUUAAAAAAAGAUGAAUAACCUGAUCAUUAGUUAAACAUGCUAAGGGGGGAGGUUUCUCGGUUUCUAUGGGUUUCUAAAAACUUCUGUGUACUCUUUAGUGAGUAGUAGGCUGUGAGGUGGGUGAAGGAGGUGUUGUAAAUACAGUUUAGUCUGGGUAAAAUGAACUCUUAACUAAUAAACUCAUCAUGUAAAGACUAGUCAAACUGUGGGAGAUGCAAGGAUAACCGGAGGCAAACAUAAGUUCACAAAAGUAGGCAAAAGUGACAUUUUUAUAUUUCCAAGUGGAAAAUAAUAUGAAAUGUUCCUGUAUAUUUAAACUGACAGUGUUGAUAGUAGAGAAUAAGAGAAUAAAAUCAUUUUUUGAUUUCACUGUUCUUUUGAGCUUGUUCAUGUAUUUAGUUUUAUUCUCCUUGGCCUGGCAAGAGGAGAACAUAGACACAUAUUCAUUUACCGAAAGCCAUUUCAUUUUCAAUAAUAUACAGAAAGGUCAAAUGAAGUGAAGUUUAAUUUCUACCUAGCUAACUAGCUCGCUAUUUGUUUAACUUCUUGUUAAAAAAUGCUCUUUUUUUUUUUUUUUUU